AUGCACCACCGAGCUGCGAUUCAACAGCUUGGGCUCUCGCGGAGCGCCGCCGGACGGGCCUUGUGGCCUUCCUUGGCCUCAUCCCGGUGGCAUCUCCGCACACUUGCAAACGGCAAUCUCCUCAAGGCCAAGAGUCAACUGCUUAGCUGCUCACCGCGCAGUCUACCAAUAUCUCGGAGUUUCAGCAGCACCGCAUUGCGGCCAAACAGCUUCGACGAUGACUCAAAAACUGGAACUUACAGUGAAGCCGAUCAUGAGCAUGCCGUUAUCUCAACCUUUGACCUCUUCUCCAUUGGCAUCGGCCCCUCAUCAUCCCACACUGUUGGACCCAUGCGGGCAGGCAAUAUUUUCGUCUCAGACUUACAUGCAGCUGGCCUGCUCGAAAAAGUCGACAGAAUACGCGUAGCUCUCUAUGGCAGUCUUGCUCUCACUGGCGAGGGCCAUAUGACGCCAUCUGCUCUUUUGCUUGGCCUUGAGAGUGCCAACGUGGAGACAGUCGAUACAGACUACGUGCCCAAGCGCUUUGAGCAGAUCAAGGCAGAGAAGAAGCUGUUCUUGGGUCAGCAACUCGGAAAUGGCGUGGGCAAGGAGAUUGCCUUCGACUACGAGCGCGACUUCAAGUGGGAGUGGACGAGAAAGCUCCCUCAGCAUAGCAACGGCAUGCGUCUUAUGGUGUUUGACAAGGAAGGCUACAUGCUGGCGACCAAUGACAUGUUCAGUGUUGGUGGCGGGUUUGUUGUCAACGGAGCCUUGUCAAUCAACAAGCCGGAUUCAUCAGGAUCAUCGUCGGCUCAAGAUGCUGGCCUCGGGUUGUCCGAGGUCCAUCAGCAACAGGCAGAUGGCAAUACCGGACACCCACUUGACCUUGCGGAGAACAUGUACUACAAGGAAAUCAGGCGAGAGGAUGCAGCAGGAGAUCGAAGAACUGGACCAGAGAUCAAACAACUGGAAGACACUGCGGAACAGUCGUCGGCUCUGCUUACAUCUGGCUUUGAGGGCGGCCAUGCACCACCUGUCACAUCGUCAGCAGAAGAUGCCCCAGAAUCAGGCAGUGCGCACGGUCAUCAACCUCGAUACCCUUUCAGAGAUGCAAAAAGUCUGCUAGCUUUGUGUGAUAAGCACAACUUGACGAUUGCACAACUGGUGUAUGAAAACGAAAAGAGCCACGGCUACACGGAUGAACAAAUUCGCGACAAAGUGUUCCGUAUCUGGGAGGUCAUGGACAAUAGUAUCCUUGAAGGUGUCCAAGCACCACCAGAUUCAACACUUCCGGGCAGUCUUAAAUUGCAUAGACGAGCACCAGCAUUAUAUAGACGACUCACAAGAGGACUGUAUCCUUCUCACGCCACCCAGGGCACCGAGACAGUUCAAGCUCAGCUACCAUCUGAAGACAAAGCAUUGCCAUCAAGUUCAGAUGCAUCAGGGAGCUCAACCUUGACUACGACCUCAGCACCGCCUUCGUCAGGACGAAAGAGCAUCGCUACCAGGAGAAGCAUGCCUCUACGAACACAUGGCUCCUUUAAUCACCCAGUACUACCAUCGCCGCGACGACGUACCACGUUCCCUGCAAUGGACUACUUAACUGUGUAUGCCAUGGCAGUUAACGAGACUAAUGCGGCUGGUGGACGCAUUGUUACCGCCCCAACAAACGGUGCGGCAGGCAUUAUUCCCGCAGUGCUCAAGUACACUAUAGAGUUCGUCAGUGAUGACCCAGAGCGUGACAUUCUAUCCUUUCUCUUGACAGCUGCUGCCAUCGGUAUGCUUUAUAAACGCGGUGCCACCAUUUCUGCUGCAGAGGGCGGGUGCAUGGCCGAGGUGGGCGUGGCGUGUUCCAUGGCAGCCGGAGCAUUCGCAGCUUGUAUGGGCGCGAGCCCUCAGAAAAUUGAGCAGGCAGCUGAGAUUGGCAUUGAGCAUAACCUGGGUUUGACUUGCGAUCCAAUUGGCGGGUUGGUACAAGCACCUUGCAUCGAGCGUAAUGCUCUAGGCGCCAUCAAAGCCAUUUCCAGUGCCAACCUCGCUCUCAGUGGUGAGACUGGCACACAAAAGGUCAGCCUUGAUGAUGCCAUUCGGGCCAUGCGCGUGACGGCCCAAGGUAUGAGAAAUGAGUUCAAGGAGACGAGUUUGAGCGGCUUAGCCACCAGCGUUCCUCUUCACAUUCCCGUUAGUGUGCCUGAUUGUUAA